UUGGUGUACAGUCUGAGCCGAGAGGUCGCUAUCUACUGCUGUCUGAGCAUGGGCCUCGGUGGCGUCAGCGAUUCCUACUUGCUCCGGGAUGAGCUCAGGUGUGCAGCCUCCAAAGUGUUUGACAUUGUCUUACUAUGCAAGCGUAGACUGAUGCCACUUUUACUCAGGUCUAUUGUAUCAUGUCAGUUGUAUUUACGAAUGUAUAUAUAUGCAGCAUGUAUGCGAGUCAAAGAAGAAGAACGAGAAGAAGUGGAGCGACUGUACAGAAUUUUUGUAGGCUGUCUGGAAAUGCUUCAGACAGAAUUUAUUAGGGCAAUGACACUACAGUCUAUGUUUCCGCUGUGGGACUCAAACACGCUCCUGAUACAGACAGGAGUCAGUGAGAGCGUCUUCCACAAAAAGUCAUGCAAUAUUAUGGAGGCUGGCGAUGGCUCAGGCAACGAGCGAAAAAUUGCUGAUCGCGAGGAAUUUACGAACUUAGAAAGGAAACUGACCACUCUACAAGAGAUGUGCUACACAACAAGCCAGAUGAUAGAUGUCAACCCUUGGGACUUCAAGCCAGACUCUGACCACACAAAAAUUGAGGAAGAAAGAGAGAGAGAGAGAGAAAGAGAAACAGUGACUGAGGGACAUAAAGAG